AUGUCCAUCGCCAUGGGCUUUCAUUGGGCUUUCUAUUUCGGCUGUUCUCGGGCUAUGCCCAGUCUCCUUGCUGCGAGCCAGAAAUGGGGUGCUUUUGUAUUUUUUGUUUGUAUAUGCCUGAUAUCGCUGGCCUAUGUCUACUUCGCUAUGCCGGUAAAGCUGCCGCCCCACAUGAUCAACACUACCCAAAGCUUCACGAACACUGACAAGAUGUUUAGGAUACCACCGGACGAUCAGAGACCAUGGUAUACUGUCCACAAAGUCGCGUACACCAAGCAUGACGAAAUCCAGAUUGAGCAAGUGGGCAAGCUGCAGGUCGAGCACCUGGAGUCGGCUUGA